AGAAGCAUCUUACCAUCGUUUGCAUCUGCAGAGCAGCAGCAGAAACAGAGAUAUGACGAAAGAAGGUGUUUCUGGCCAGAAAGUGGAAACUUCCGACGACUUUGUGUCUCUUUUGAAAGCUAUUCAGCAGCUUGGUCGGCGGAAGGAUACCCUGGAGAUGUUAUCUCAAGGGUUCUGUCCACGGGACAAGGGUUUAUUGCAGAGUCGCCUUGAGGAUCUCUCUAAUGGAAAAUUUGAUAUGCUACCAUCUUCAAAUGGUAAUUAUUCUGAGAGUUUGACUGAUUUGUGUUCUGUGAAUUCAACGAGCUUGUUUUCACCAAGGAUCCACAUCUUACAGAAAGCGAAUAACAUUUCUAUAAAAAUUUAUUGA